AUGGAGAGUUAGCAAUCAAAGAAUUCAAUAGAGGAUAGAAGCGAUUAAAUAAAUAGAAUUAUCUAGGAUUUGAAGAAAGAUGAUUAUGAUAUUAAAUUUUAUGCUGGUUUACUCAGGAGAUAACUCUGUAUAGAUAUAUAAAGCAUUUAUUCUGUUGGAUCUAUUUAAGACUAUUCCCAAGGUUAUAAAGUGCAAUAGAUGAUUCAAGCAGUCAACUCUUUGGAGUCAACUUAUAGCAUUUGGUUAGGAAUUAGAGGUGAUGGAAAUUGUUUUUACAGGUCAAUUAUUGUUCUAUAUUUAUUACAGCUUUCUCAAUAAUAGGGAGUAGAAAGUUUAGAAAAUUUUAUUAUAAGGAUAGAUAAUAUUAAAGAGAUUGAAUCAUAAAAUGAUGUCCUUAUAACAAAUAAAAGCAAGCUAUUUAAGCAAAUAUUUUUAAUUUACCUUCUAGAAUUAAGAGCAAUUAAAAUCAAACAUUAGGAGAUUAAUCUGAUGAAGAUAGUUAAUCAAUACAACACUCUUCCUGAAUUAGACUUUUCUGCAGUUGUUAUAACUAGAUAUUUGAUAUACUAAACAUUUUAAAAGAAUAAAAGUCAUCCCUCAUUUUAAAUGUUCAUUGAAGAAGAAAUGAGUAAAUAAAUUCCUCGUAUCUUGCUUAAAUAUUCAGAAUAUGCAGAAGAUAUCAUUAUUCCUCUAGCCGCUUAAGCUUUUAAAAUUCAACUAGUAGUAUAAAACCUUUAUAGAUAAAACUCUGAUGGUCCUAUAAAUACUGAAAAAUUAUUCUACAAACCUUUUUCUUCAAAAUAAGAAAAGGAAUAUACUGAAAUUCAUGUUUUAUUCACACAAGGUCACUAUGAAGCACUCAUUACUAAUGAAACAUAUAUUGAUGAUCCGAAAUUCUAUGACUACUUUGUUUCAAGUACCCCUCAUUUUUUUUAAUAAGAAUAAUACUACUCACAAAUAAUUAGAGAUCUAAAUUUAGAGCUAUUUUAAUAAAAUAAAUCUACAUUCAGCAGGAAUACAGAAAUUAAAAAUUAAGUUUCAAACUCUAUCAACAGCUCUGAAUCUACUAAUUAUACUGAGAUUAGCUAGAAGACAAGUUAAUCAAAUAAAAAUUCAGAAAAUGCGACACCAUAAACAACACUAAGUCAAGAUUAAAGUAUUUUAAGUAAAAAAGAAUAGAAUAUUGAAGAGCACAGUGUUUAAGCAAGUUCUACCUAAAAAAAUACUGAGAUAUAGAGUGACUAAAAAAGUUAGAUUAGAGAAAUUUUAUAGACAAAAACAAGUGAGUAGAAUUAGCUGGAACAUAAGAAUUUAUUGAAUGAAAAAAAAGAUGGUUUAGACAACACGCACAACAAUGGAAUAAAAGAAUAAGUUUAAGAUAAGAAUGACUAAAAGAGUAAUGAAAAGGUUGAAUAAAUUAGUGAAGAUAUUUAAUAAGAGAAUAAAAAAGAGACCUAAAAUGAAAAUAGCAAGCAAGUCGAAGUUUAAUAAGCAUAAAUAGAAGAGAGAAAAAAUGAAAUUGAUCAAAGUUAAAUCAACAUUGAAAACAUUACAAAAAAUGAUUAAAUACAAAAGUAAUCUUCAGAUUUUAUAGAAAAAAAUAAGGGAGAGGCUUAAGCUUGUGAAAACGAAGAGUAGAAUUAAGAUUAAUAAUGUUUUAUAUGCAAAGAAAAUUCAAAUUAAUAUAUCUAAGUCUUUCAAACACUGAGGAAAAAAAAUCUUGUCCCUAUUUGUGUUGCUUGCUUGCUUAAAAAAUUAUAGAGACUUUAUUACUUAGAUGUUGAUAGUUAUCUUGUAUUUGGUAUUAGUUCUAUCUUUUAUUUAGACAACUAAAACUCAGAAAAGUUAAAAUAAAUUAUAAGCGAAUAAUUCAAGUUUAAAUUAUAAAAUAGAAGAUACGAUAUAUUGAGAGACCCAAUCACUUAAUAAGAUUUAAAAAUCCAUAAAGAUAAUUAAUAAUGCUUUGAAUGCAAAUAGAAAGCAGAGCAAAAUAUAUUAAUUUUUGAACCUAAUUAUAAAAAUUCAAAAUAUGUUUGCAUUUCAUGCUUAAAUAAUAAUUUAAAGAUACUCUAUACCGAUAGCAAAUAUUUAGUGUAUGGCCAAGGCCCUACCUAUUAUUUAGAUGAACCAAACAUGAACAAGCUUAAGCAAAUUGUAGAAAAAUAAUUUAAUUAUGAGUUAAAAAAUGGUAGAUACACAAUAGUAAGGCAGAACAAAACUUCAGCUGAAUAACAAUAAAAUCAAUAAUUAAACUAAUAAAUUACUUAAAAAUGUUUUGAUUGUUAAUAAAUUUCUGAGCAAUAACACAUUUUAAUUUCAGAAUCAAAAAUUAAAAUAAAUGCAUAAUAUGUCUGUAUUCCAUGCUUACAAAAGAAUUUAAAGAUAUUUUAAAGUAAUGCUAAAUACAUUGUUUAUGGCCAAAACACAUUCUAUUACUUGGAUGAGAUAAACUCUUAAAAUCUAAAAUAAAUUAUUGAAUAGUAAUUUACUUAUGAUAAUUACAAUGGAAUUUAUGAAAUAAAAAGAUAGAAUAAUUCAUACAUUUAAUAAAACAAUCAAAUUUCAUAAGAGUCAAUAACUUAGAACUGCUCUAAAUGCAAUUAAAAUUCAAAAGAUUUUAUUUAAUACUCACAAAGUUAUUAUAAGAAAGAUUCUUCAGUUAUUUGCAUCGAAUGCUUGGAAAAUAAUCUAGAAUAGUUUAACUUAAACAUAAGUUUAAUUUCUUUAAGGAGUCAUUCUUUUCUUUAUCUUGAUGAAUAAAACUGCUAAAAACUUUUAGCAAUAAUAAAAAGUAAAUUUAGAUACGAAGAAAACAAAGGAACAUAUUAAAUAUUAAGAAACGAUUAUUCUUUUAAGUAAGAUUAAGAAUCUUAGUGCUUUAAAUGUAAAGAAUUAAGUCAAGAAUACAUUUAUGUUUCGAAAGAAAAAAUAGCCAAAGAAUAAUUAACUUUAUGUAUUCCAUGCUUAUAAAAGAAUAUAAUUGAGUAUUAUACCAUUCUAAAUUAAUUCAUGUGCAAAUAAGAUCUAAAACUUUUUGUCAACGAUGAACAAACAUCCUUAAAAAUCCAAAAAUUUAUUAAAUUAAAUUUUAAGUAUGAAAAUAAAGGCUUUAGGUUAAUAGUUUAAAGAGAUAGCACUAGUAGCGACAAGCUAAAUAUAGAAAACUAGGACUCUAAAUAACUUCAAAGUACAAAUCAAGUAAAAAUUAAUAACUAUACAAAUACCCCUUAAAAAGAAAGAUUUGAAGAAAGUAAAAAUAUUUGUGAAGGUAAAAUUUAAUUAUCAGAUUAAAAAUUUACAACUCCAAAAUAGGAUAAUAAAGACUCCUAAAAGUAGCCUUACAGCGAACCAAUACUAAAUUACCAAAAUCAAUAGAAAAAAAUUUAACCACAAUGUCAAUAAUUUGAACAAAAAAAUUCAACAGAAAGUCAUUAAUUCCAUGUUUAAGAGGAAUGCAUAUAUUGUCAUCAAGAUAUCAAAUAAUUAAAUAAAGAACUCAUAAUUUCAAGAUAUGGACAUGGAUAUCUUUGUUAAUAAUGUGUUGAUGAUAUUAUUGAUAGCUAUAAAGAAGGAGAAAAAUUUGUUUUGAUAAAUCAUAAAUUGUAUGAAUAUUCAGAUAACAUGAAAAACAAGCUUUAAACUAUUUUAGAUAAAAAAAAAGAAUAAUAAAGCUUUAUUUCUAUUAGCAAUGAAAAAAAAUCUCAUUUAUCUUUAAAUUCUGAAACAAAAGAGCUUUAGAUAAGAAAUAAUUAAAUAAAUUAAAUAGAUUCAGAAGAAAGUAAAAAAUAAAAUCAUAAUUUGAUAUAAUUAAAAAAUUAAUACUCAGAUUUAACAAUUUAUAGUCAAAAAUGCUAUUCAGAUUAAUGCAAUAAUAGAGGGUUAUAUAAUGUCUAUUAAUAUAUAGCAGAUGAUAAAGAAGAAGUAAUGGAAAUAUACUGCAGAGAUUGUUUAAUUGAUAAAUUUUUAGUUGGAUUUGAAAAAGGACAAAUAAUGGUGUAUUUUGAUGGUAUGCUCUAUAAGCUUGAUAAAUAAUCUAAAUAUGAAUUAGAAACAGAAAAAGAUAACCAAAAAUUUAUUUAAUAGAAUUUUGAUAGGUUAGAUGAUUUUAUAGCUCAAAAAAAAUGCACUUUUUGUUAGAAAAACAUUACAUUUUAUGGUAGUCCUCUUUGCUAUGGUUGUGAAUACUCUUAAAGAUCUUAAAUUUCUAACAGACCAGCUUUGGCUACAGGACAAAUGUCAUUUAAUGAUAAUAAUUAAAAUAAUUUUUAUCAAAAGAAAUAGAUAAAUGAUAAGGAAAUUUCAAGCUCAGAAAAAAACACUUUUGGAAAUUUAAAUAACCAAGAUAGAUUCAUCAAUUCUAGCAAUUAGUCUCCUUUAGAGUAGGAUCUUAUAAGAAACUCUAUUGAGCAUAAAAACAAUUAAAGUUACAAUUUAUAUGGUCAACAUUAUUAUACAAGUCAAGAUAGACAAAUCUAUGAAAGUAAACAAAAUAGUGCUUAAUAAAAGUACAAAAUUACUAACGAACCUUUAGUAUCAUAACAGGAAAAGUAAAAUUAAAUGAACUGCAAAGAAUGUAAUAAAGCAUUAUAUCGUAAGAGAGAAAAUGGUUUAUGCGAUAUUUGCAAUUACUAUAAAACAAAGUAAUAAGAAAAAUAUUACAUAAAUUCUCAUUGA